GCUGCCUAGCAUAGGUAGCAAUAAAAAAUCUAGCAUAUACCCCAAUUACCGUACACCUAUAUACACUUAUAAUACCGUACACCUAUAAUGCCGUACACCUAUAAUUACCGUACACCUAUGUGUAUACGGCCUUGCCGUACACUGUGCCUGUUGCACAUACCGUGAUUUCUACUUCGUUCUCUAUAUACUGUAGCAGUGCUAUCAAUUGAAAUAGAGCGUAGCCUACCUAACUAGAGGAAUAUGCCAGAUAAAUCAUGCAGCAUUUGAUGCCAUUCUGAGAGGCAAUAACAGCUCAGAUGUCUGGUCGGAAGACUGACAGACAUGGUUCUGAACGACGGAAACGGUCCCGAGAUGGUGACAGUCCGAAAUCCCGGCACACGACUCACAGACAUGACCGAGGACGCAGCUCAGAUGAUCGAAAACGGGGCUCAGAUCGUCAAGAAAAUGGGUCUGUAAGCCAGAAGGACAACACUGAUCGACUGAGGGAUAGCUCGAGCCACAGGAGAGAUAGUUCGAGCCGCCGAAGGGAAAGCUCAAGUCCUUGGUGCGACGGCUUAGAUCGCCGGAGGGACGUCUCUGGUCGCCGGAGGGACAGCUAUGAUCGCCAGAAGGACAGCUAUGAUCGUCGCAAAGAGGCUUCUAGCUACAGGAGGGAGAACUAUGAUUCCCGGAGGGACAGCUCUGAUCGCCGGAGGGACAACUCUCCCAGCCACAAGCGCGCUCGGUUAGAUCGCUCUCCAAACGCUCGUCGUUCUGUUUCCCCGCCCUCCUCUGCCUCUGCUCGCCCAUUCAGUGAGGCUCGUGAACGUGCCUUUCUCACGGACUACCUCCGCUCGAGUGAAUGUCCUCUGAAGCCCGGCUCGGAGGAGGCUACCGGCUUCUGGCCGUUCCACGCGCUGUACGUGCGGCGACUGGCGGCGGCCGGCGUCGAGCGGGGCCGCUCCCCGCCUCCGCCGAAACCCUCGCGAAAGGUGACCGAGCCGUUCCCCCUGCCGGCCUACGACCUCCGACUGGCCAACCCGCUGUUCGUGGAGCGCAGGGUGAGGGACAGACGCGACGCGCGCGAGCUGGAGAGGCAGGAGCGCGAGCGGCGGGAGCCGGAGGCCCGCAGAGGACGAGAGGUGCUCGCCGCCUACCUGCACUUCCUGCAGAAACAGAAGUUUGCCAAACUGAAGAAGCUGCGGGAGGCACAGCGGAACCUGCCAAUUUAUCAGCACAGAGAGGAGAUCCUGGCGGCUGUGCGAGACAACCCGGUGGUGAUUGUGGCGGGCGACACGGGCUGCGGCAAGUCCACCCAGCUGCCACAGUACCUGCUGCAGGCCGGAUACAACAGCAUAGCGUGCACGCAGCCGCGUCGUAUCGCCUGCAUUGCGCUGUGUCAGCGCGUUAGUCACGAGACACUGCAGCAGUAUGGCGACCAAAUAGGCUACCAGAUCCGCUUCGAGAAACGGCGCACGGCCCGCACACGGGUGGUGUUCCUCACGGAGGGACUUCUGCUCAGACAGGUGUCGGCCGAUCCGCUGCUCAGCCAGUAUGACGUCAUCGUUCUGGACGAGGUGCACGAACGUCACCUUCAGGGCGACUUCCUCCUGGGUGUGAUGAAGUGUCUGGUGCGCCAGCGUCCCGAGCUCAGACUGGUGCUAAUGUCUGCCACCAUAAACAUUCAGCUGUUCAGGGACUAUUUCCACGGAAAGGCGCCGGUGAUCCAGAUUCCGGGCCGGCUGUUCCCGAUCCAGCUCAACUACCGGCCAAUAUCGGUAGUCGAGGCUGUGGCCAGCUCCGGUCGCCUGAACCCGGCGCCGUUCGUGCGCGUGCUGAGUCUGAUCGACGACCGGUACCCCGCUGAGGAGCGGGGCGACCUGCUCAUGUUCCUCAGUGGUGUGGCCGAGAUCACCGCGGUGGCCGACGCGUGCGAGGAGUACGCGCGGCAGGCGGGCCGCUGGAUCGUGCUGCCGCUGCACAGUCAGCUCUCCGUGCAGGAUCAGGAUAAGGUGUUUGCUGUGGCGCCGGACGGCGUGCGUAAGUGUAUCGUGUCGACCAACAUCGCCGAGACGUCGGUGACGAUUGACGGCGUGCGCUUCGUCGUCGACUCGGGCAAGGUGAAGGAGAUGAGCUACGACAGCGUGACGAGGAUGCAGCGUCUCAAGGAGUUCUGGGUUAGCCAGGCCAGCGCCGAACAGCGCAAGGGGCGCGCAGGCCGCACGGGCCCGGGCGUGUGCUACCGCCUGUACUCGGAGGACGAGUUCGACAUGCUAGCGCCGUACGCCACACCCGAGAUCCAGCGCGUGCCCCUGGAGAGCCUGGUACUGCAGAUGGUGGCACUGGGCCUGCCCGACGCCCGCCGGUUCCCGUUCCUAGACCGGCCGGCUGAGGAUAGCCUGGAGGACGCCAUCAGGUCACUGGUGCAGCAGGGUGCUCUGACCGCUGACGAGCAGCUGACCCCGUUAGGUCAGAUGCUCAGUCAGCUCCCGGUGGACGUCACCGUCGGGAAGAUGCUGGUGCUGGGCUCGGUGCUGCACCAGAUGGGACCGGUCCUAUCGGCGGCGGCCGCGCUCAGCGUGCAGACGCCGCUCACCAACCGAGCCUUCCGCGACCCCGACUGUCUGGCGAACCUGAAGCCGCUGUUCAGCAGUCACGGUGACUCGAUCACCCUGCUAGAGGCCUUCGUCAGCUGGCUGCAGGUCAAGGUCACCGGCAAGGUCAGGUCACGGGCCUGGUGCGGCGAGCGGGGUCUGGAGGAACAGCGCUUCUACGAGCUGGUCAAGCUGCGCCGUCAGUUCAUGACCAUUAUGGAGGAGUCGCGCCUGCUGCCGAAGCCCGCCCGUCUGGUGAGCACCGCCGACCGGGUCCGGCGGCACGGCGAGCUCUCCCAGCUGCGAGCCGCGCGCCGCGAGCUGCAGGAGAGCCAGCCGCGCCGCCGGCAGCUGGCUCGCGGCCCGCACGGCGCAGGAGACUCCACCGAGCAGCAGCGGGAUGGGGACGUGGCGGAUAUUGAGUUCCAGAUGAGAACGGGCGCACGUGAUCUUCAGGAGCUUCUUCAGGCGAGUAAGCUGAAAUCAUACCAAGAUCAAACGCUGCUGAAAAUCAUCCUCUGCAGCGGACUUUACCCGAAUUUCGCUCUCCCAGACCUCCACAAUAAUUACAAGCCGGGCUCCGAUCAGGUGUUCCACAGCGCCAGCAAGCCGUUCGUGGUGCUGCACCCCAACUCUGUACUCUCCUUCUCGCCGGAGACCCUGGAGAUAGCCGAUAGCGACGUGCGGGUGACGGCCGGGCCGCGGCCGCCGCGGCACAGCGUCACCAGCGACAAACACCAGCUGCUAGCCUUUGUGACCCUGCUGGAGACGUCCAAGCCGUAUGUGACGGGCGUCACUCGCGUGCCGGCGCUGCAGGUGGCGCUUCUGUUUAGCGGGACCAUCGAUACCGACCUCAGCUGCCGCAGUCUGGUCUGUGACCGUUGGGUGGAGUUUCUGGUGUCGGAGCCGGCGGCGGCACAGCAGCUGCUGGCCCGCGCCGUCACCCUGCGCCGCUGGUGGUCACGCCUGCUGCAAACGCGGCUGGACAACCUGGGCUCGGAGGAACAGCACGAACCAGAGGAAGAAUCGACGCUGCGCGGUCGGCUGGUGGCGGCGCUGAUCGACUUCUUCCACACGGAUGUGUUCUACUCUCACAAGCGGCUGGUGCCGGCCGAUCUGGACGGUCUCUACUGUCGAGAGCCAGAGGCAGAGACCGACGGACGAUUGCCGCCGUUCAUCAGAUAUGACUGUCUGAUAAGCGACUCGGCCCCGUCGAUGGAAGAGGAAACCUGUCCGUACUGUGAUAACAGUAUGUCCACAUUGCCUGUGGAGAGGAUAGUCCAUUGGAGCCUAUGCAUCUUCGAGCACAAGAAGACCAAAGACGAGUCUGCCACCGCUGACGCCGAGGGGGUCGCCACGGAGCCCCAGGGACCGGUCUGUGAAGAGUGCGGCGUCUCACUGGAGGGAAUGACUGGCAUUCAGAUUCUGAGGCACCGUAGAUCCCAUCGUCCCAUCCAGCCUGCUGGCGAGGGGUGACCGCUGCUAGUUAUACCUACUACUGCUGAAUCUGACCACUGUGAUAUAAGCCUCAGGGACUGCCCUGGCGGCUAACCAUGUGAUACUAGGUCAAGUGUGCGUUUUGUAAAUGUUUGUUACGGAUACACUCAAGUUUACGAGUGAACCAUAGAUCAGUCGAAAGCUGUAAUGUGUAACGGUCCGUUGCUAGCGGUAUGACAUCACCGACCUAUGGUCGAACUGCCGUCAGAGCCCGACGCUCCGGCGGUUAUUUGAGCUGAUAUCCGCUCCCCCGCCGCAGUAUAACUCGGUACGACUCGGUAUGGCUCACUCGGCUCUGUGGAUCGGUCGGAACCGCCCGCUCCGGCCCUCACUCGAGCCGAGAUUAAACAGUAACUGUUAGGUUCGUCAGUCGUGUGCCGGGCCUGGUAUUGUCGGCGCCACCGGAUGGAGAUCGUCAAAUAUAGACCGAUUGGUA